AUGUAUCUCCAGAGAUCUUCCUCCGGCGCUGUCGUUGUGCCCAACGUCAUUGGAGGCGAUGUCGUCUCUUUGCCCGAAUCCCAGAAUUUCCCCGUUAUUCAAGGUUCGACUGGUGACGCCAUUCAUUGUGCCCAGAGCGCGACGGUCGACGUCGGAAUCAAGGCUGUCGAGACCGCUGCUGAGGUCUUCAAGGCGUGGAGGAAGACUCCGCUGUCUCAGCGCCGGGCGGUGUUGAACAAGGUUGCUGACAUCUUGGAGACAAAGGCCGAAGAGUUGGCGAAGAGAGAGAUCCCGGAGACCAGUUGUGAUCCGCAUUGGCCCGAGUUUGAAGUAACCUAUGCGUCGAAGUUUGUGAGAGAGACGUCUGCCAAUGUUUCGACCGUGCAAGGGAGCAUUCCUGACUCGGAGGUCUCUGGAACAACUUCAUUGGUGUUCCGAGAGCCCGUCGGUGUCGUCCUUACUAUCAUACCAUGGAAUGCUCCAACCAUUCUAGCCUGCCGUGGCAUUGCAGCUGCCCUCGCAGCAGGCUGUACCGUUGUCUUCAAGGCCUCCGAACUAUGUCCAUGGACUCACCAAUUGGUACUCGAAGUCUUCACCGAAGCGGGACUUCCAGCUGGGGCAUUGAACAAGAUUCAAUGUUCUCGUGCCGAUGGCCCCGCUGUCACUGAAGCUAUCAUCAGCCAUCCGGCUCUGAGAGAAGUCGAAUUCAUCGGUAGUGCCACGGUUGGGAGGAUUAUAGGGAGUAUUGCGGGCAAGCAUCUAAAGCCUGUCCUGAUGGAGUUGGGAGAUCAAAGUCCAGUCAUUGUCCUUGAAGACGCAGAUUUGAAGGCUGCUGCAGAGAAUUGCGUUCGAGCAACGGUCGCCCACCACGGCCAGAUCUGUUUCGGCACUGAACGAAUCAUCGUACAUCAGAAGGUGGCCCUGGAAUUUACCCAACUCCUCGUCGAGGCUACGAAAGCUAUGCCCUCGGCUGGCCACGCUAUCACGGUAGAGGCAGCAAAACGCGCCCACGACAUCCUCGAAGAAGCUGUGGCUGACGGCGCCAAGUAUCUCGUCGGCAACGCCAAAUACACGGGCCGAACCUCCCUUGAGCCUUCGAUUUUGACGGACGUGAGUUCAAAGUCUCGGCUCUCCCACGAAGAGUCCUUUGCGCCGUCUGCAACCUUGUAUGUGGUCAAGAGUGACGAAGAGGCGUUGGCACUAGCGAACAACACACCAUAUGGACUUUCCGCCUCGGUCUUUACAAGGAACCAUGUGAAGGGACUGGCGUUGGCUAGAGACCUCGAAUUCGGCCAGAUCCAGAUCAACUCUCACACCAUGUCUGUAAAUGUCUCGGCGCCACAGACAGGAUUCAAGGGAAGUGGGUGGGGAAGCAAUGGCGCUGCUUAUGGCAUCGGGGAAUUCCUAUUCAGCAAGCAUGUUUCGCUGACUCCGUGA